CUCGAACAUAACAGUACGUCCCCGGCACGUCCCCGGCGCUAAAAACACCGAUAAAGCACGUUAUUUAUUACCGUAACCUUUUCUGUCCCAGCGCUGCAGCUCAGCAUACGGGAGUUCAGUAAUUAAUGUUGUUUCGUAGCACCGUCCUACCUUUAAGUUGUGUACAACGUCUAUAUGAAGCUGCAUUCGGCGUCACUGCGCGGUCGACGCAAGCCUGGCUAAAGCAGUAACCUUCAAACAGUUUGAGUAUGUGUUACAGUAUCUUCAUCUUCAUAUAGCUCUCUGACAUAAGAUGUCGAGGGGUGGCGCCGACAGGACCGUCAACCUGCGAUCCAACAACAACCAGUGGUUCAACCCAGACGACCUGGAUGACUCGGCAUUCGCUCCCGCGCCCGGCGGAGGCCCUAGGGGCCCGGGGCGGGGUCCGGGUCGGGCCCGCGCGCCUAGCCAAGGAUCAGGAGGAGGCAUGAUGGGCUGGGGCGGCGCCGACGCGCAUGGGCUGCAGCACCACAUCCCAGAUCACCAGAUCCCAACAAACUUUGAGGCGCUGGAGCAGAUGUUGGACCAAGCGGAGCAGCAGCUGGAAGCAACGCUGGCAGGCUCCGGUUCCGCUGCUGCUGCUUCAACUGCGGCUGCUGCAGCCAUCACCCCCUCCCUUGACCCCCCCUCCGCUGCCGCCUAUGUGGGUGGUGGCGGCAUGGCAGGUCGCGGGCUGGUACGGCCGCCUUCAGGUGGCCGCCUGCGCCCCGCACCAUCACCUCUAGCACUCCCUGGUCAACGUUUAGUCAACGGGGUCAGCCAAAGCGGGGAAACGCAAGAUUGGGAGCAGGAUUGGGGCGGCCACGGCCCGGGACCUGGUCCGGGAUCCGGCAGGAGCUCAGGUGGUGGCGGCGUGAGCGGAGGCGGCAGUGCUGUCGGAGGCCCGAGCGGGCGGUUGUCAGGCACCGGCGGCCCGGGAGGACUGGGGCUUAGGCGGAUGGGCAGCGGAGCGCUGACAGGCCCCGUGCCGGCACCCCCGGGAUCUGGGUCAGCGGGGCAUGCGCAUGCGGGGAUGCGGGCCUCGCAGCCACCGCAGGCGCAGGUGCCGGAUCGCCCUGGCGCCAUCACCACGACCACCUCGCAGACGGACGCGCAAGGUCGCACCGUUGUCACCAAGACGGUGGUCACACGCACUCCCUCGGGCCGCGUCCGUACGGAGGUCACCACAACCACCUCGGGUCCGGGCCAUGCGGGCGGAGCAGCCGCCGGCGCCGGUAGCGGCAGUAGCUUCAGCAGCGGAGGCGCCGGCAGCUUUACCAGCGCCGGCGCCGGCAGUGGCAGCAGCUUUAGCGGUGCUGGCAGCGGCAGCAGCUUUAGUGGUGUUGGCAGCAGCCUAAGCGGCGGAGGCGGUGUGGCCUCCCCUGGAGCACCGCUUUCUCCGGAUGACACGCCGGGUGGGCUCUCGCCGUUCCGCCGAGGUGGUGGUGGGCCCGGGCCUCCUCCAUGGGCCACGCGGGGACCAGGGUCAGCGGAGCAUUCCCCGGGGACGCCAGCGUCGCCGGUAACGCCGACAGGGGUUGUACGGCGUACGGGCACGCCGACGGGGAUCGGCGCGGCGGCAGCGACGUCGCUGCUGGCUAACGGCCCCGCAGCUGCGGCAGCGGCGGCUCGGGGAGGACACCCCAACGGCGUCGUCGCGCCUGCGCUGGCGUCGCCCGUCAGGCGACCGAGCCUCAGCGGCAUUGUCCCUAGCGGCACCGUCGCCAUGGGGGCCGGGGGUGUAGCUGGCGGCAUUGGGCCUGCCGUACCGGCGGCGGCCCGGCGGACCAGCCAGACGGGCCUUAUCAACCCUGCUGCCGCCGUACGGCCAGCCAGCGCCAGCCGUCCUGAGCGAUCUGCGCUGGCACCCCCGCAUCCCUCGCCUCCGCCGGGCGGCCCCGCGGGGCCUCGGAGCACGUGGGGUGGGGCGGUACACGUCAACAUCACCCCUGCCGGCGGCGGCGGCGGCGGCGGUGCCCAUGCGGGCGGGCCGCUGCGACCGGCAUCCCCUGCGCGUACGGCAGGAGCGGCGACGGCGGCGGCUGCAGGUUCUGGUAGGCUUCCGAGCGCUGGGAGGAUGCGGAUGUCGCCCGCGUUCGCUGCCGCUCAUGGUCUCGGAGCGGCAGCUGGCGGAGGCGGCGGCAGCGGUGGCGGCGGCGGCGGCGGUUCGCCGCUUUCCGGCGGUCAGUCCGACAUGUUCACGUUCGGCCCUGGCGGAGGCGGCGGCGGCACCAACAGUGGUGACGGCGGCGGCGGCGCUGGGGGCAGCGGCGGAGGCGGCCCUGUACGGCCCAUGUCCGGAAGGCCUGGCAGUACAAUCCUUGCAAACAGCAUGCCUUCAUCGCCGGGCGGCGCUCCCGACGGCCCCGCUCCCUCCCCCAGGUUCGCCAUGCACCCUGGCGGAGGCGGCAUCAGGCCCGGCAACGUACGGACACAGCUGACGGAGGAUCCGCCGGAGCUUCCCGUACGUCCCGGAGGCAUCGGCCGCUCCCCCAGCGGAGCCAUUCGUGCUCCGGAACCAUUACCUCCUCCUCCUGCAGCAGCAGCAGCGGCGGCGGGACCUGCUGCCGUACAUGCUUCCCAUGCCGUACAUGCCGCUGAUGCUUCCACCCCCGCGGCCGCGCCCGCGCCCCCAUCCUCCGCCUCCGCCAGGCCGAAAGCGUUAUCGGCUCCGCUGGCAGCCGCCGCGGCUGCGUCAGCAAAUGAGGACCGCCAGGAAUCCUCCCCUGCUGGUGCUGGUGCUGGUACUGGUGCUUUCAUGGGACGAGCAAAGUCCCAUGUAGCGGCUCCCGAGGCUGUUGCAACGGCGGUGUCACGGUCUUCCAGCGGCGCGGGCCCUCCGCCUGCUCCCAGCCCACCUCCCGCCAGGACUCCGCAACCGCCGCCUCCGAGGGCCGCCAGCAGCAGCGACGGCGGGGCUGGCGGCGGCGGAGGUGGCGGCGGCGGUGACAGCGGCGGGCGCACCAAGCAGCACAUCGGCAAGUUGGUUGCUGCUGCCAAGGUGUUCAACACGCGGCGCAACGCGGCCAUGUGCGCGGUGUCGCUCGCCUUCCUGCGCCGCUUCCGAGCGCACCUGAUGCGGGAGAGGCCGGAUGCCGCGGCGCUGUGUACCAGCCAGGUUGUGCAGCAGGUGAUCAAGCCCAUGACCUCGGGCGCCACCUGCCGCCUCACCGACCUGCCCGAGCUGGCUCUGGGGUCGGGUGGUGGGCUGGCGCUGGUGGGCGAGGGCGACGUGGGGCCGCCCGACUACUUCAUCAGCCACGCCUGGUCCAUGCCCUUCCUGCAGCUGCUGGACUGCUUCUUCGACCACCUGCAGGGCGCCCUGGACUCCACCCGCGUGUGGCUCGACAUCUUCGCCAUCAACCAGCACCCGGGAGCCGAGCAGCAGGACGACCUGGCAAACCUGCGCACCGCCAUCAAGGCCAGCCAGGCCACGCUGGUGUGUUUGGACGCGGCGGGGACGCCCCUGGAGCGGGUGUGGUGCCUGUACGAGUUCGACAACACGCUGGCGCUGAAGGGGGCGGAUGCGCUGGUGCUGCUGACGCCGGGGUUCAGCAUUCGAGAGGUGGCGUCGAUAUUCAGUUCCAUCGACGUUGACGCCGCCAAGGCCACCGUGCUGUCCGACAAGGACAUGAUCCUGGCGGACAUCCGUCAGAAGCACGGGUCCACGGAGGCCUUCAACGCCAAGCUGAAGCUGCGCUUCCUGCUCGACCCGCUGGACUGCAAGCCCGACAUGCUGGCGCUGGCGGCCCGGGCGGGGGCGGACCCGGCGCAGUGGGACUUCGGGCCGCUGGCGGGGUGGCUGGGGCAGCCGGAGGGGCGGGGCAGCCAGCUGGCGGUGGUGGCGGCCAUGCCGGGAGCAGGCAAGUCCACGGUCAGUGCGGUCAUCUGCAUGGGCCCCGAGGCAGCAGCCGAGGUUGCCGCGGCAGCAGCAGCAGCUGCAACAACCCCCGGGGCCGGUGACAACCCGCAGCUGCAGCAACAGCAACCCGACCGUCCCGCCACAGCCCGACUCUCACCUCCCUCGCAACCCCCCCGCGCCCCCCUCGCCAGCGGCCCCAGCGUGACGGUGCACGCCUACCACUUCUGCAAGUUCGGCGACGCUCGACGUCAGGACCCGGUGCGUGUGGUGAAGAGCCUGGCCUACCAGCUGGCUCACACGCUGCCGGCGCUGCAGCCGUACUACUGCGGGUUGGAUCCGGGCACCUUGAUGCAGCUGCAUCAGCCGGAUGCGGCGUGCCGGGAGCUGCUGCUGGCGCCGCUGGUGCAACAGCAUGUGCAGGGACAGCAGAUCCUGCUGGUCCUGGACGCGUUAGACGAGGCGGACAAACCCACCCACCUGCCGACCCACGGGUCAUCCGCUCCCUCCUCCGCCUCGGCACCCUCUGCGCUCGACAACAAGGUGCUCCAGCUGCUGCUGCACCAGCUGUCCCAGCUGCCCGCCUGGGUUCGAAUCCUGACGACCGCACGCCCCGACCCGCACCUGCUGGAGCCCCUGCGCUGCCGCUUUCCGGGCAUGCUGGAGCUCACGCCCGCACAGCUGUGGAAGGCGGACAAGACGCAGGCCAGCAUGCGGACUCGCCUAGUGGAGCGGUUCGGUGAGGCCACUGCUCGGAUGAUCCUGGCAGCCGGGGGCGGUGGGGGCAGCAGCGGAGGGGCAGGAGCAGGAGGAGCAGGGGCAGGCGCCACCACUGGCCCUAACAAGACCGGUACCGGCGUCAGCACCCAGAAGCAACCCCGUAACCAGCGCGGCAGCGCAUCCGGCAGCGGCAGUGGCAGCGGCGGUGAGGGCGGCAGCGGCCGCAGCACUGCACAAGGCGACGACAGCAGCGAAGACGCCUCCGCCUCACUCUCCGCUCCUCACCCCUCCUCCUCAAGCUCCUCCUCUUCUUCCACGCUAGUGUACUUCCCGGUUGUGUCGCUGCUGCCCCCUCCGCUGCCGCCGGAGCGGGUGCCGCGGAGCCUGGGGGCGGCCUUCGCGGAGGUGUUUCGGCAGCUGUGGCCGCGCGGGGAGGACGAGGGGCUGGGGGAGCAGGUGCAGCAGCUGCUGGAGGUGCUGGUUGCCGCGCAGGAGCCGCCCCCCAUGUCGCUGAUCGCGGGUCUGGGGCUGCGGGAGGCGCUGCGGGGGCUGCCGGGCUGGGGGGCGCUGUUCUUCGAGCGGGACCAUGCGGUUCACGUGCUGCACCGCACUCUCAUAGACUGGCUGCAGGACCCCGCUGCCUCGGGUCCCCGCCACGCCGACGCCCGCCGCGGUCAUGCCCGCCUGGGUCGCCACCUGCUGACGUCCCGGCCGCUGGGGGUGUACGGCGCGCGCUACCUGGCCACCCACCUCAUUCAGGCGGGCAGCGAACCCGCACUGCUGGACGCGGCGUUGCAGGAUCUGCGCUACCUGGAAGCUGCUUGUCGUACCGGCGACGUAUUCAAACUCCACGCGGAGCUCGCCUCCCUGCCCCCCUGCCGUACAUCUCCCGUCGUAGCGGACGUCGUACGAUGGCUCGGAUUGCAUGGUGCCGUACUUUGGUCUCAUCCGGGUGCCGUACGGCAAUUGGCGGCGGAGGCGCCGCGCUGCUCCAUUGUUUGGCAGGUCGGCAACCGCGCCGCCGCCGCCGCCGUUGACGCCGCCGCCGCCGCCAGCAACAGCGGCAGCAACAGCGGCAUGGUCAUCCACAAACCCUCCGUCGAUAUGCUUAACGAACCCUACAGUUGGCCGUUGGAAGUUAUGGCCCUCACGGCGCAUAAGGCCCCGGUUCCGGAUGUGUCGUACAGUCCUGACGGCCGACUGAUGAUCUCAGCCUCCCUAGACGGAUCUCUCCGGCUCUGGGACGCCGACAGUGGCGAACCCAAGGCGGCGCUGGCGGCGCCGCCGACGCAUUGCCUGGCGUACAGUCCCACGGGUCACUUGCUGGCGACCGGCGGCGACGACGGCAGCGUCUGCUUGUGGGAUCCAACGACGGGUCUUCGACAUGCGGAGCUCAAGGGACAUCGAGAGGCAGUGACGGCGGUGGCGUUUAGCCGUGACGGAGCCCUGCUGGCCUCGGGGGGCCGCGACAUGCGAGUGCGGGUUUGGCUGGCGGAAGACGGAUCGUCGCGGGGCUCGGAGCUGAAGGGUCACAGCGGGCCGCUGCUGGCGCUUGCGUUCUCUGCGGAUGGCAGCAGGCUGGCGUCGGCGGCGGCGGGUGACCCGGUGGUGCGGCUGUGGAAUACGGCGGAGGGGACGCUGCAGGCUGCGCUAGAGGGGCACCGCCAGGGCGUCACCUCCCUCGCCUUCUCCCCCACUGCGCCAUUGCUCGCCUCCGCCGCCGACGUCGUACGGCUGUGGGACGCCGCCAGCGGCGCCUCCCGCGGCGCCAUCAACGACCACAUCUUCCCCGUCGCCGCCCUGGCUUUCACCCCGGACGGCGGCAUCCUGGUGUCCGCGGAUACCUCCCACACCCUCCGCCUCUGGGCCAUGGGAGAUUGCGGCGGCAGCGGCGGCGGAGGGGCCGGCGGAAGCGGAGGUCCCAGAAGGCCCAUGACGUCCAAGACGCGUAACAGCGGAGCUGCCGGUGGCGGCGGUCCUCCCGCCGGCGUGCGUUCGCUCGCCGUGUUGGAAGCGGAGUCGUACGGUACUCUGACUGCACUGGCAGUGAGCCCGGAUGGACAGCUGGUGGCGUCGGGUUCAGCUACUGGCGAGCUGCAUGUGUUUGCAGUGGGCUUAUCAGGCGGAGGAGGAGGAGGAGGAGCAGGAGGAGGAGGAGGAGGAGGAGGAGGAGGAGGAGGAGGAGGAGGAGGGCGGGGUGUGUCGACGGUGCGUGCGGCGCAUGCUGGGGCGGUGCGCAGGCUGGCGUUCUCGCCUGGGGGGUGCGGUCUGGUGUCGGCGUCGGAGGACCACACGUUGCGGCUGUGGGACCCCAGGACGGCGCUGAGGGAGGCUGGGGAGGGCGAGGAGGUGCAGGCUCCCGCCGGCGCCGUCACCUUCUCCGUGCACUACUGCCACAGCGGCCGGGCAGCCGCAGUGGUCGCGGAGGACGGCACACUCACCAUGUGGGACGCAGCGGCCGCCGCCCCCAUGGCGCCCCCGCAGCGCCCCGGGCACGGCGCCUCCUCCCGCCCCACCGUGGCCCGCAUGUCACCGGAUGAGGGCACGCUGGCGGUGGCGGAGAGCGACGGAGCGAUUCGGGUGUGGGACCUGGCGAGCGGCAGGCUGCGCGCGCGGCUCAAGGGCCACAGCGACGCCGUCACCGACCUGGCCUUCAGCCCCGACGGCUCCCCGCUGCUCGCCUCCGCCUCCGAGGACUGCCGCCUGCGCCUCUGGAACAGCGACACCGGUCAGCAGACCGCCAUCCUCACCGGGCACACCGCCGCGGUGAGGGCCGUCGCGGUGUCGCCCUUUGGGGACCUGGUCGCCUCGGGUUGCGAGGAGGGGAGCAUCCGGCUGUGGCCGGCAAACGGGCCCUCCGUGGGGCGCUCGGUCGCGGUGUUGAAGGGACAUGCGGGACCGUUGAUGCGGCUGGCGUUUAGUCCGGACGGAGGGCUGCUUGCGUCGGGGGGUGAGGACGGUACGGUGCGGGUUUGGGCGAUGGGGGGCGGAGGAGGAGGGGGGCAGCAGGUGACGGUGUUGGAGGGGCAUAAGGAGGGC